UAUUUGGUAGGAUUGUUAGGACAGAAAUUAAACAACAUUACUACAACAGAAAUGGGACGAUCUCCCUGCUGCGAUGAGAGCAGUGGUCUGAAGAAAGGGCCAUGGACUCCAGAAGAAGACAAUAAGCUCACCACCUACAUCAACAAGCACGGCCAUGGCAGCUGGAGAGCUCUCCCCAAGCUUGCUGGUCUGAACAGGUGUGGCAAGAGCUGCAGACUCCGAUGGACAAACUAUCUCCGACCAGAUAUCAAACGUGGCAAAUUCUCCCCAGAAGAAGAGCAAACUAUUCUCAAUCUCCACGCCAUUCUCGGAAAUAAGUGGUCCGCCAUUGCCGGCCACCUUCCGGGAAGAACAGACAACGAGAUUAAAAACUUCUGGAACACCCACCUGAAGAAGAAGCUUAUCCAAAUGGGACUCGACCCCGCCACCCACCGCCGCCGCGCCGACGACAUUUUCGCCGCCGUCCCCCACCUCCUCGCCGAGCUCGCGAACCUCGUCGGAAACCCUUCCUGGGAGUUUUUCCGAUCCGAAGCCGCGGCUACGAUCAAUCACCAUUACCUGCAGGGCAUUCUCCAGCAGCCGCUUCCGCCGCCGCCGCCGCCGCUUCCCUUUUUCCAGAACAGCUUUUCGAGCCAGAUAGAUACGCCGGCGGCGGCGCUAGCCGGCUAUCUUCAAGACUCGGCUCCUGGAUUCUCCCAUUUGCCAGAUUUGCAGAGCGCCGGAGAAACUUCAUCGCAGUGGCUGGCGGCGCCGCCGCCGCCGCUGACGGCGGAGACGUCUGUUACUAACACUACCGGGGAUGCUUGCAGCGCAUCCAGCUAUGGCGGAGCUGACCAAAUUUGGUCUCAGCUGUUUGACGAUCCUCUCUUCAAUGAGAUGGCUUAGUCGUCGUCUUCCAUAA